GAGGACAGCCAGGCCAGGAACCGGGCUGUGCGUCUGCAGCCUCUGCCGCUGCCGAGCCCCCUCCUGGCCCUCCCGCCCUCCUCCUGCCUGGCGGGGCGGGUCCAGCUGUGUUCCAUUAGCAGCCCUGGCUGAUCCCAGCCCCCUAGAACCUCCCCUUCUUCCCCCACCCGGAGUGGCCGGCAGUCCCGCCAGUCCCAGGCAGGCCGAGAGCCUGGGCAGCCUUCAGCCCCAAGAGCUCAGGACCUGGGCCGCUGGGGACCCGAGGACAGCCAGAAGUGAUCGAGGACACCCCGUGGGCCUGAGGAACCCAGGCCCUGCUCCCCCUGGCUGGCUGCCCCGGGCUGCACUGGAUUCUCAGUGAGGUAGGGGGAUCUCCCGCCACGGUGCUGCGGCUGUGGCCGGCUUCUCUGAGCCAGGAUGUGGGCAUGUUGGGCUCCUGGCCUGUGGCUGCUUGGUCUCUGGGCCACCUGCAGCCAUGGGGCAAAUACAGGUGAGAAGUGCCCACCUUCGCAGCAAGAAGGACUGAAGUUGGAACACAGAAGUGACUUAUCGACCAAUGUGACUGGCUUCAACCUCAUCCGCCGACUCAACUUCAUGAAGACAUCUGCCAUCAAGAAGAUCCGCAACCCCAAUGGGCCUCUCAUCCUGCGGCUGGGGGCGACCCCGCUCACCCAGCCCACACGCCGAGUAUUCCCUCGGGGCCUCCCCGAUGAGUUCGCCCUGGUGCUGACGCUAUUGCUGAAGAAACACACCCACCAGAACACGUGGUAUUUGUUUCAAGUGACCGAUGGAGAAGGGUACCCGCAGAUUUCCCUGGAAGUGAACAGCCAAGAGCAGAGCCUGGAACUGCGGGCCCUGGGCCCCGACGGCGACUUUGUGUCCUGCACCUUCUCGGUGCCCCAGCUGUUUGACCUGCGUUGGCACAAGCUGCAGCUGAGCGUGGCAGAACGCGUGGCCUCCGUGCAUGUGGACUGCACCUCAGCCUCCUCCCAGCCUCUGGGGCCCCGGCGACCCGUGCGGCCUGUGGGUCAUGUCUUUCUGGGCUUGGAUGCUGAGCAGGCCAAGCCCGUCUCGUUUGACCUUCAGCAGGCACACAUCUACUGCGACCCCGAGCUGGUGCUGGAGGAGGGCUGCUGUGAGAUUUUACCGGGAGGGUGCCCUCCAGAGACUUCCAAGGCCCGCCGGGACACCCAGAGCAAUGAGCUCAUCGAGAUCAACCCGCAGACGGAGGGCAAGGUCUACACUCGCUGCUUCUGCCUGGAGGAACCUCAAAGGAGCAAGGUGGAUGCCCAGCUGACGGGAAGAAUCAGCCAGAAGGCAGAAAGGGGAACAAAGGCCCAUCAGGAGACAGCCCCCGAUGAGUGCCCACCCUGUGUCCAUGGUGCCCGGGAAAGCAAUGUCACAACGGGUCCCUCUGGCCUCCAGGGAGGGAAAGGUGAGCAGGGCCCGCCUGGCCCAUCAGGCCUCAAGGGAGAGAAGGGAGCCCGGGGCAAUGACUGUGUCCGAAUCUCCCCGGAUGCCCCGCUUCAGUGUUCAGAAGGCCCAAAGGGAGAGAAGGGGGAGUCAGGAGCCUUGGGACCCUCAGGACUCCCGGGCUCCACAGGCCAGAAGGGCCAGAAAGGCGAGAAGGGAGACGGAGGCAUCAAGGGCUCUAUGGGAAAGCCAGGCCGAGAUGGCCGGCCGGGAGAGAUCUGUGUCAUGGGGCCCAAAGGACAGAAGGGAGACCCUGGCUUUGUCGGGCCUGAGGGGCUGGCAGGAGAGCCUGGGCCACCUGGCCUACCUGGGCCCCCUGGUAUAGGACUUCCUGGGAUCCCGGGGGACCCGGGUGGCCCAGCUGGUCCCAAAGGAGACAAGGGCAGCUCCGGGGUGCCGGGCAAGGAAGGUCCUGGCGGGAAGCCUGGGAAGCCAGGGGUGCCGGGGCUGAAGGGAGAGAAGGGUGACCCCUGUGAAGUGUGCCCAACGCUGCCUGAAGGGUUCCAGAACUUCAUGGGGCUCCCUGGAAAGCCAGGGCCCAAGGGGGAACCGGGUGAUCCUGCACCAGCCAGGGAGGACCUGGGAGUAGUGGGACAGAAAGGUGAUCGGGGAGACCCUGGCAUCCAAGGCCUCAAAGGAGAGAAGGGGGAGUCCUGCUUGUCCUGCAGCCAAGCUGUGGGGGCCCAGCAGCUUGGGCCUUUGGGGCCCACUGGCUUUGGGUUUCCUGGCCUUCCGGCUAAAGUUGGGGCUCCAGGGCCAACAGGGCUGAAAGGAGAAAAGGGUGAUUUCGGGGAGGCAGGGCCAGCUGGCAGUUCGGGGCCACCAGGACCAGUGGGACCCGCAGGAACCAAAGGGGAAAAGGGGGAGCCUUGUGAGCCAUGCUCAGCUCUGUCCAAGCCUCAGGAUGGGGACAGCCACGUGCUGGCCUUGCCUGGCCCUCCUGGAGAAAAGGGCCAGCCUGGGCCUCCGGGCGUCGGCCUGCUAGGAAAACAGGGCAAGGCUGGAGAGCGUGGAUUGAAGGGGCAGAAGGGUGACGCAGGGAAUCCUGGAGACCCCGGAACGCCGGGCACCUCGGGGCAGCCGGGACUGUCGGGAGAGCCAGGGGUUCGGGGCCCCGUGGGGCCGAAAGGAGAGAAGGGUGAUGGCUGCACUGCCUGCCCCAGCCUGCAGGGGGCGUUGACUCACACGGCAGGACUGCCUGGGAAGCCAGGCCCCAAAGGAGAGCCAGGCCCAGAAGGCGUGGGCCGGCCUGGGAAACCGGGCCAGCCUGGUUUACCGGGAGUUCAAGGGCCCCCAGGACUGAAGGGCAUGCAGGGAGAGCCUGGGCCUCCAGGAAUGGGAGUCCAGGGGCCCGAGGGGGAACCUGGAGCCCCGGGCUUGCCUGGCGUGCAGGGGUUUCCGGGGCCUCGAGGACCACCUGGCCCUGCUGGAGAGAAGGGACUCAAGGGAUCUCCGGGUGUAAAAGGAGCCAUUGGACCCAUGGGACUCCCUGGUGCCAGUGUCUCUGGGCCUCCGGGACGUGAUGGGCAGCAAGGACAGACUGGACUUCCGGGAGCCAGAGGGAUGCCGGGUGAAAAAGGGCCUCAGGGGGAGAAGGGUGAGCCCGGGGAGUGCUCCUGUCCCUCGCGGGGAGACCCGGUCUUCUCGGGCAUGCCGGGUGCUCCGGGACUUUGGAUGGGCAGCUCCUGGCAGCCGGGCCCGCAGGGUCCCCCAGGUGUUCCCGGACCACCAGGCCCCCCUGGAAUGCCUGGGCUGCAGGGCAUCCCUGGAAACAACGGUUUGCCAGGACAGCCGGGGCUCACCGCGGAGCUGGGAUCCUUACCCAUUGAACAGCACCUCCUGCAGAGCAUCUGUGGGGACUGUGUCCAGGGGCAGAAGGCCCGCCCAGCGGCCCUCCUGCAGAAAGGCGAGAAGGGAGACCAGGGCAUCCCCGGUGUGCCGGGUUUUGACAACUGCGCCCGGUGCUUCACAGAGCGGGAGCGUCCCAGAGCGGAGGAGGCCCGGGGAGACAACAGCGAGGGAGACCCGGGCUGUGCUGGGAGCCCUGGCCUACCCGGUCCUCCGGGGCUGCCAGGCCAGAGAGGAGAAGAGGGUCCACCCGGCGUGAGGGGCUCCCCAGGUCCUCCAGGCCCCGUUGGCCCCCCAGGUUUUCCUGGUGCCGUUGGCUCCCCCGGAUUGCCUGGUCUCCAAGGAGAGCGAGGCCUCAGGGGCCUGACGGGAGAGAAGGGGGAACUGGGUCCUCCAGGGCAACCUGGCUACCCAGGUGCCAUGGGCCCGCCGGGGCUGCCUGGCAUCAAGGGAGAGCGGGGCUACGCUGGACCCUCGGGAGAGAAGGGAGAAUCGGGCCCACCAGGAUCUGAAGGCCUCCCAGGUCCCCCAGGCCCAGCGGGUCCCCGAGGAGAGCGAGGACCCCAAGGGAGCUCCGGUGAGAAGGGCGACCAGGGGUUUCAAGGCCAGCCGGGCUUUCCCGGGCCGCCGGGUCCCCCUGGAUUCCCCGGCAAAGCAGGAGCGCCUGGCCCACCCGGCCCCCAAGCUGAAAAGGGCAGCGAAGGGAUGCGAGGCCCAUCAGGCAUGCCUGGCCCCCCUGGGCCACCAGGGCCUCCCGGGAUCCAGGGCCCUGCCGGCCUGGAUGGUCUGGACGGGAAGGACGGCAAGCCCGGCUUCAGGGGAGAACCCGGUCCCGCUGGCCCACCUGGACUCAUGGGACCCCCGGGUUUCAAGGGGAAAACAGGACAUCCUGGCCUCCCGGGACCAAAGGGCGACUGUGGAAAGCCUGGUCCGCCCGGCAGCAGUGGCCGGCCUGGAGCUGAGGGUGAGCCUGGUGCCAUGGGACCCCAGGGAAGACCGGGCCCCCCUGGCCAUGCCGGACCACCGGGGCCUCCAGGCCAGCCAGGCCCAGCGGGGAUCUCUGCAGUGGGCCAGAAAGGAGACCAAGGAGCCACUGGAGAAAGAGGCCUUGCAGGCUUUCCGGGCGAGCCUGGCCCACCUGGACACCCUGGACCCCCGGGUGAGCCUGGUGCGGAUGGUGCAGCUGGCAAAGAGGGACCCCCUGGAAAACAGGGACUCUAUGGACCCCCGGGCCCAAAGGGUGACCCCGGACCUUCCGGACAGAAGGGCCAGGCAGGAGAGAAGGGAAGAGCUGGCAUGCCUGGUGGGCCCGGCAAGAGUGGCUCCAUGGGGCCUGUGGGGCCACCGGGUCCUGCAGGAGAGAGAGGCCACCCUGGAUCUCCAGGGCCUGUGGGGAGCCCCGGAUUGCCCGGGGUGCCUGGCUCCAUGGGAGACAUGGUGAAUUACGAUGAAAUCAAGCGAUUCAUCAGACAAGAGAUCAUUAAAAUGUUUGAUGAGAGGAUGGCUUACUACACCUCCAGGAUUCAGUUCCCCAUGGAGGUGGCGGCAGCUCCCGGCCGACCAGGGCCCCCAGGGAAGGAUGGUGCUCCCGGCCGGCCAGGCUCUCCAGGGGCACCUGGGCUCCCCGGUCAAAUCGGCAGAGAGGGACGGCAAGGCCUGCCAGGAAUGAGAGGAUUGCCCGGUACCAAAGGUGAAAAGGGGGACAUUGGUGUUGGCAUCGCAGGAGAAAAUGGUCUCCCUGGUCCCCCAGGUCCUCAAGGUCCUCCAGGGUAUGGCAAGAUGGGUGCAACUGGACCGAUGGGCCAACAAGGCAUUCCCGGCAUCCCUGGCCCGCCAGGCCCCAUGGGCCAGCCGGGCAAGACUGGCCACUGUAACCCCUCAGACUGCUUUGGGGCCAUGCCAAUGGAGCAGCAGUACCCACCCAUGAAAAGCAUGAAGGGGCCUUUUGGCUGACAUCACCAUCUCCGUUAGAUGAAGGACUCCAUGGGGAACAAAUGGCUAAAACUUAUAAGACUCUGUGAUGGGUUGUGAAUGUUCUGAGUUUUUAAUUGCUAUUGAUAUUUUUUUAUCAAUAAAUAAAAAAUAAAAACGA